AUGGCUGUAGCGGCAACGGAGGCUGCAUUCUCCAUCUUCCACCCUUAUUCUUCUCCAAAAUCUCAAUCUUGUUACAAAUCUGUACCCUCUCCGAGGACUUACAUUUCUGCUUCUAACCCUACAUUUUUCCUUAAAUCCCCGCUUUUUUCACUCCCUCUUCUCUCAACUCCUCAGCCCCUCGAAACCCCAAGAUUUAAAUUACGCUCAACUUUAGGAAAUGCGAUUGUAGAAGAAGAUGCAGAGCAAGCCCAGAAAGUUAAUCAAAAAAGGAAACUUUUCGUGCUGAAUUUGCCUUGGUCUUUCUCGGUUGUGGAUAUAAAGAACUUCUUUGGUGAAUGUGGAACUGUGGCAGACGUCGAGAUUAUCAAACAGAAAGAUGGGAGAAGUAGAGGAUUUGCAUUUGUAACUAUGGCUUCUGGGGAAGAGGCUCAGGCUGUAAUUGAUAAAUUUGACUCUUCUGAAUUGUCCGAUAGGAUUAUCAGGGUAGAGUUUGCCAAGAAAUUCAAGAAACCUUCACGCAGUCCUCCAGCAGGUCCUCCGCCUGGAGAGACACGCCAUAAGCUGUACGUGUCCAAUCUCGCAUGGAAAGUGAGAUCUAAUAAUCUCCGAGAAUUCUUUUCUGCCAACUUCAAUCCCGUUUCAGCUAGAGUUGUCUUUGAUGGUCCUUCGGGAAGAUCAGGUGGGUAUGGUUUUGUCUCUUUUGCCACAAAGGAGGAAGCAGAAUCUGCAAUUUCUUUAUUAGAUGGGAAGGAAUUGAUGGGCAGGCCAAUCAGUUUGAAGCUCAGUGAAAAGAAUGCUGAUGCAUUUGAAAAUGAGGUGGAGGAAACAAAUGAGACAUGCUUUGAUUGA